AGAGGUGCCCGGAGCCGCGCGAGUCCGCCGCUGCCGCAGCGCCUCCGCUCCGCCAACUCCGCCGGCUUCCAGCGGACUCCCGGAUCCGAGAGGGCGCGGUGCAGCCGGGCAGCGGCCCCCACAGCCUUGGCAACCCCGGGGGCCACUGUUUCCCACCUGGCCACAGCACCAGCAUCCUCUCUGCGGGCUCUUCACCAACUGUCCAACCACCAUUUCACUGUGGACGUUACUCCCUCUUACAGAUAUGGGAGAUAUGGGCGAUCCACCAAAAAAAAAACGUCUGAUUUCCCUAUGUGUUGGUUGCGGCAAUCAGAUUCACGACCAGUAUAUUCUGAGGGUUUCUCCGGAUUUGGAAUGGCAUGCGGCAUGUUUGAAAUGUGCGGAGUGUAAUCAGUAUUUGGACGAAAGCUGUACGUGCUUUGUUAGGGAUGGGAAAACCUAUUGUAAAAGAGACUAUAUCAGGUUGUACGGGAUCAAAUGCGCCAAGUGCAGCAUAGGCUUCAGCAAGAACGACUUCGUGAUGCGUGCCCGUUCUAAGGUGUACCACAUCGAGUGUUUCCGCUGUGUAGCCUGCAGCCGACAGCUCAUCCCGGGAGACGAAUUCGCGCUGCGGGAGGAUGGGCUUUUCUGCCGCGCGGACCACGACGUGGUAGAGAGAGCGAGCUUGGGAGCUGGAGAUCCUCUCAGUCCCCUGCAUCCAGCGCGGCCUCUGCAAAUGGCAGCCGAGCCCAUCUCCGCUAGGCAGCCAGCCCUGCGGCCUCACGUCCACAAGCAGCCGGAGAAGACCACCCGAGUGCGGACUGUGCUCAACGAGAAGCAGCUGCACACCUUGCGGACCUGCUACGCCGCCAACCCUCGGCCGGACGCGCUCAUGAAGGAGCAACUAGUGGAGAUGACUGGCCUCAGCCCCCGAGUCAUCCGAGUCUGGUUUCAAAACAAGCGGUGCAAGGACAAGAAACGCAGCAUCAUGAUGAAGCAGCUCCAGCAGCAGCAACCCAACGACAAAACUAACAUCCAGGGGAUGACAGGAACUCCCAUGGUGGCUGCUAGUCCGGAGAGGCACGACGGUGGCCUGCAGGCUAACCCCGUGGAGGUGCAAAGUUACCAGCCGCCCUGGAAGGUUCUCAGUGACUUCGCCUUGCAAAGUGACAUAGAUCAGCCCGCUUUUCAGCAACUGGUCAAUUUUUCAGAAGGAGGACCAGGCUCUAAUUCCACUGGCAGCGAAGUGGCAUCGAUGUCCUCUCAGCUCCCAGAUACACCCAACAGCAUGGUAGCCAGUCCUAUUGAGGCAUGAGGAACAUUCAUUCAGAUGUAUUUUUUUUUUCCCUGUUGGAGAAAGUGGGAAAUUAUGUUGAACUCCAAUAUAAAAGUAUUUAACGACCCAGUCAAUGAAAACUGAAUCAAGAAAUGAAUGCUCCAUGAAGUGCACGAAGUCUGUUUUAAUGACAAGGUGAUAUGGUAGCAACACUGUGAAGACAAUCAUGGGAUUUUACUAGAAUUAAAAACAAACAAAACCCCAAGCCCAACAUAUGCUAUUCAAUGACCUUAGGAGUACUGAAAAAGAAAAAGGAAAAAAAAAAAAAGACGUUUUUAAAACGUAGAGGAUUUAUAUUCAAGGAUCUCAAAAAAAAAAAAAAAGCGCAUUUUCAUUUCACCGCACAUCUAGAGGAAAAGCAGAAAUAGAAAAAUUUUCUAGUCCAUCCUCUUCUGAAUGGUGCUGUUUCUAUACUGGUCAUUGCCUUGCCAAGUAGGAGCUCCAGGAUAGAGUGGAAGAAGCCGGCCUCUGGCUGAAAGAUUCACCCUUUCAGGAAGGCGGAGCUGCAUUGGUUUGCUAUGUUUUUAGUUGACUUUGACAAGGGGUUAAUUGAAAUUCUGGGUCUCCUUAGCAUGCCCUGCAGCUGGUUUCUCUUUUACUUUUGCCUCUUCUCCCAUUUCCCCCCUUUCCUUUUCUUUAUUUCUCUCUACUUUUUUUUUGAGAUCCAUCCUCUAUCAAGAAGUCUGAAGCGACUUUAAAGGUUUUUGGAUUCAGAUUUAAAAACCAACUUAUAAAGCAUACAACAAGGUUACCUCUAUUUUGCCACAAGCGUCUCGGAUUGUGUUUGACUAGUGUCUGUCCAAGAACUUUUCCCCCAAAGAUGUGUACAGUUAUUGGUUAAAAUGACUGUUUUCGCUCUUUCUGGAAAUAAAGAGGAAAAAAAGGAAACUUUUUUGUUUGCUCUUGCAUUGCAAAAAUUAUAAAGUAAUUUAUUAUUUAUUGUCAGGAGACUUGCCACUUUUCAUGUCAUUUGACAUUUUUUUUUGUUUGCUGAAGUAAAAAAAAAGAUAAAGGUUGUACUGUGGUCUUUGAAUUAUGUCUAAUUUUAUGUGUUUUGUCUUUUUUUUUCUUAAAUAUUAUGUGAAAUCAAAGCGCCAUAUGUAGAAUUAUAUCUUCAGGACUAUUUCACUAAUAAAUAUUUGGCAUAGAUAAAUAAAUAAAUGCAACGAUUCAGGGUCCCUCUUUUAUAUGUUUAUUAGCAAGCCUUUACCUGUUCUGAAAUUAAGGAUUGCAUGUUAAUUGGGGUAAAAUGACAUGCAGUGUAGUAGGUGUGAUAUUGUAUUGCAAGUAAUUCAGGUCGGGUUUGCAAGUUUCGAUUUCAAUGGUUGGAUCAAAGUUGGUUGGAAGAAGCCCUUUAGCUGUGAUAAUGUUACCGGUUUUUUGAAAACGAGAUGCUGGUCUCUCUUUUGCUCCCCUCCUUUCCCUCCUUCUGUCUUUUCUCUCUACCCCUACCCCUGCACCUAUCCCAAAAGGAAGAAUCUCUUUGAGAAUGGGUUCUGAUUGGGAUCACUCUUAUUUUCUAAGCGUCAGUCACAGCUUCGGAGCUUUAAGAUUACCCACAUUUCAAACACAAACUCUUGCUGAAGAGGCUUUCUGCCUAACCAGUGAAGGAUGGCCACUGCAGACUAGAGGUGGCUGACUGAGACAUGGCGCUUUACUCGCGCAGAAGGUAGGAAAGACUGAGAGAGAAACGGCUUUUCUCAGCAUUUCUCAGAACUGUAGGUGUCUGCGUUUUCUUACCUCUUCCCCUGCCCCAC